UUGAUUUCGACGUCAAAACUGUUUUUGUUGUGGGACAGGAACAGUGCAAUAAUUUAUUAGUGAAAUAAACAAAAAAAAAAAGAAUAUAAUCGCUUGGAAACAAGAAAAUCCUCUUUGAAGAGUUCUUGGGCGUCAAUCCGUCAAUUUUACAGAUAUAUUCGGCAGCUAAUUACACAAACAUUCGUUACCAAGUUUCCGAACCACUCGAAUCAGUUCUUACUUCAAAAAUGUUUUCAACCACGGCCUCUACAACACCUUCCUGUUUACAUGGAGUUUUACAAAUAGGUGGUCAACGAAAUUUUAAUUUUUCCUUGGAAAGUGACAAUUUUUUCUUAGUUUUCAACGCAUUUUGGAAAGAACAAACUUUUAUUGUACCUAUUUCUGAAAAAGGAGCUAACUUUACAAAAGGUUUUACUGUUUCAAAUAGUAAACAAUUCCUGGACAAGGUACAAAACAAUUAUCUUAGUAUUGAGCUCUCAAAUAAUAAAGAUAAUUUGAACCGUGAAGUAAUUGGCUUCCUGCGUUUACCAUUACACCAGUUCUUUAUUGCUUAUCGCGAUGCCUCAUUAAUGAACCGUCUCAACGACGGGAAUUUUCCAGUUAUAUCCACAAACAAAUGGGUGCCAGUUUUAAACUCAAAAUCAGGUGAGCAAAUUGGUGAACUUGAAUGUCUUUUAGCAAUGGGAACCGAGAAGCAGAUUGGAAAUGUAAAAAACCCAAAAAUGUGUACAAACAAAAUAGCUAAUACUGAAUCGACCACCCAGCAACAUCAUUUCACAAACAAUUCAUAUCAAACUCAACCAUCUUUACCUAUAAAUUCAAAACUUAGCAAAACCUCUGACCUUUUAAACUUACUUCAAAAGUCACUUGCCUCGACAACUACAACUGAUAUUAGUAAUGCGCAAUCAGAUACACAAAUGGCGGAAAACAAUUUAUUCAAGCUUCGUUUAGAGAUCAAAAGUGCCAGAAAUCUACCACUGACCCAGUCUCUCAAACAAAAGAAGAAACUCAACCGAUCUAAUAACACGAAGGAAAGUCAUAGUUCAAGCUUUCAAACGGGUGAAGAGCCAAGUACGUAUGUAACAUUUCAAGCGAAAGAGGAAAACAGUUCGAUGGUGAAAUCUCACGAAGGAAUGGUAUAUUCGACUGCUGUGAUAGAAAAAAACUGCAAUCCUGUCUGGAACAAGUCGUUCUGUAUAUCUGGACCGGUCAAAUAUAUUAUAAAUAAAAACGAACGAUUCAUCCUUAAAGUUUGGAAAAAAACUGGUAAAAGUAAUUCCCACGGGCAAAAGUUUCCAUGUCCCAUGGAGGAUGCAAUUAUUGGUUUUGCAUCAGUAGAUUUAUCCGUUUUGAUAGAAAAUACCACUCAUUUGAAUGCCUGGUUUGAUAUUGUUGACUUUAGUGGACAUAUAAAUGGUCAGAUACAUGUUGUUGCAAAUCUCGUUGACGAUGUCAAAGAAAUCAAAGACUUGGGGCCCAACAACCAAGUUGAUAAUUUACUUGAUUCUUUUGAAUCCAGUUUGGAUAUAAAUAAUAUGAACCUUUGCCGAGCAAUUAAAAGAAAAUUUACCGAGCUUGAGGAAAUCUCAGACAGAUUAAGAGUUCGUCUGUUGGAUGUGACGGGCAAUAACGUUUCACGGGAAUUAAGUGACGAACAGUUAGACGAAUUCGAACACGAUUUAAACACAACAGUAUGCGAAGAUGAAAAUGAAAGUUUUCACACAAACUGUUCAUCUCAUAGGCAAUAGCUUUCGAAGAAAUGAUUUUUCUAUAGGACAACCAAAGCCUGUUUAAAUAUCAAAAAUAAGUACUUACAAUUUUUUUUUACAAAAAUCGAUUUUAAUUUUGUAUUUUUAAUUAGUGUCGAUUGAAAUAAUAAAGAAAAUUCAUCACAUAAAAAGACUAUUUUGAUUGAUGGGUGUUUGUCUGAAAGAGAGUGUGGAAAUAGAUUGAAGCUAGUAUGAUUGUCAAGAAAAGAAUUGUAUGUGUCAUAAGAACCAAGAAAUGACUCGAGUCCAUGAAACUUAGUUUUUUUUUAAAUUUGGAUUUUAAAUAAAGAACCCCUUCGGUGACUUCGGUGACGCAUUAACCAAACCAUUA